AUGUCUGCUACAGCUACUAUGUAUCCUUCGGAUCCAUUAGCAGACUCAUUUAGAGAAAAAUUUGAUGAGGUCGAUCUAAAAGACGCUAAUAUUUUGGCUACCGGUAUGGAUAAGCAACAAUUACGUGUGGUUAAUGGAUUUGGCUCUUUAAUGGGCUCAAAAGAAAUGACACAACUAGACUCAACCGAUCCAACCGAAACUUUGAAAAAUAAUCAAUUACGUCGUCAUAUCUCCGAACAACCUUGGACUUUGAAUAAUUGGUACAAACAUUUAAAUUGGUUAAAUAUUACCCUGGUUAUCAUAUUCCCCGCUAUCGGUUGGUUGCUGUAUUUGACUAAUCUAGUGCCUCUGCAACGUAACGUUUUCUUAUUUUCAAUAUUUUAUUACGGUGUCGGUGGUAUCUCAAUCACAGCAGGUUAUCAUAGACUAUGGUCUCAUAGAUCGUAUUCCGCCGCCUGGCCUUUGAGAUUAUUAUACGCCUUCUUUGGUUCUGCCUCUGUCGAAGGCUCGAUUAAAUGGUGGAGUCAUUCUCAUAGAAUUCAUCAUCGUUACACAGAUACUCCAAGAGACCCCUACGAUGCCCGUCGCGGUCUAUUCUACUCUCAUAUGGGUUGGAUGAUCUUGAAACCAAACCCAAAAUUUAGAGCUAGAGCAGACAUAUCAGAUUUAAACGACGACUGGAUCGUCCGUUUUCAACAUCGUCAUUAUAUUAUUAUAAUGCUGCUAUCUGCUUUCAUUGUACCAACUGUAAUCUGUGGGAAACUGUUUAAUGAUUAUUUGGGUGGGUUCGUAUAUGCCGGGUUGAUUCGUGUCUUUAUGAUUCAACAAGCCACGUUUUGUAUCAAUUCAAUGGCUCAUUAUAUCGGGACUCAACCAUUCGACGAUAAGAGAACUCCAAGAGAUAAUUGGUUGACGGCUCUGGUGACUUUUGGUGAAGGGUACCAUAACUUCCACCACGAGUUCCCUACUGAUUAUAGAAACGCAAUUAAAUGGUACCAAUACGAUCCUACAAAAGUUUUAAUUUACUCAACUUCCUUAUUAGGUCUUGCAUCCGAUCUAAAGACAUUUUCACAAAACGCAAUUAAUCAAGGUUUGGUUCAGCAACGUGAGAAAAAAUUAGCUAAGGACACUAAUUCGAUCCAUUGGGGGCCAAACGUUUCAGAGUUGCCCGUGUGGGACAAACAAGACUACCUCAACGAACUGAAACAAAAUAACAAUCUGGUAAUCAUCUCAGGGAUCGUUCAUGACGUUUCAGGCUACAUUACAGAACAUCCGGGCGGUCAACCGCUACUGAAUUCUGCAUUGGGGAAGGACGCUACAAAGGCAUUCACGGGUGGUGUGUAUCGUCAUUCAAAUGCAGCUAAAAAUAUAUUGGCAGACAUGAGAAUAGCUAUUUUGAAAGAGAAAAAAAUGGCUGCUAUCAAUUUCGCUGGGAAACCACAUAAUUUAACUAGAUCAAAAUUCACUUAA